CCUGGAAAAGCCUCCUGGCCGCCACAGAGGCCCGUGGGCAGCCGGCAUGAGCGGGUCUCUAGGCCGGGCGGCGGCGGCGGCUCUGCUGCGCUGGGGGCGCGGCGCGGGCGGCGGGCUGCCCGGUGUGCGAGCGGCGAGCUCGGGUGUGGGCGGUGGCGGCCAGGCGGAGCAGUUGGACGCGCUGGUGAAGAAGGACAAGGUGGUGGUGUUCCUCAAGGGGACCCCUGAGCAGCCCCAGUGCGGCUUUAGCAACGCCGUGGUGCAGAUCCUGCGGCUGCACGGCGUCCGCGACUACGCGGCCUACAACGUGCUGGACGAUCCGGAGCUGCGACAAGGCAUUAAAGACUACUCCAACUGGCCUACCAUCCCACAGGUGUACCUCAAUGGCGAGUUUGUGGGGGGCUGUGACAUCCUUCUGCAGAUGCACCAGAAUGGGGAUCUGGUGGAGGAACUGAAAAAGCUGGGGAUCCGCUCUGCCCUGCUAGAUGAGAAGAAAGACCAAGACUCGAAGUGAGGGCACCCGUUUUGCCAAGUGGGCCAGCCGCUGGAGUCACUGCCAGAAAAGCCUUAUCUCUCUGGCUGCCUGUGCUGGUCCUCCCUGCUUGUGAGCAGGCAGCUGGUUUCACUUUGGUCUUUGGCUCUGAAUAACCCAUGGUGAACGUCCUUACAACCGCCACGCUGUAGCAAAUCAGUGUUGUAAUCCCGUAUUGCUGUAACCAAAAUUUGUUCCUAUGUUGUUUCUUACUCAGGAGGCCUUCCUGGCUCUUGGACAUGGGUCAGGCUGUAAAGAUGGUAUAUUCCCCAUAUGUUUUGUAACUUCUGUUAAGGGAAAUAAUGGACAGACAGCUAGAUAAUGUGAUGGCUGGAGUGUUGUUUUUUAAAAAUAAACAGUCAACACAGA